UUUGAUCCGACUUGAAAAAAAUGAAAACGAGAAAUGGAAGAAAAGAGCCUUUGUAAUAUAUUUAAAAAAAAGAGAAAGCCUAUUAGGGUUUUCAGUAUUGUCCAAAAAGUAAGUCGCUGAGUCAUCGGCGAGUUAGACUCCGUAAUCAAAUAACACUCCCCUAAUUUCUCCUAUCAAUACUCUCUCUCCCCCUCUCCCUCUCUGUCUCUUUGUCCCACCAAUAUUGGAUCCACAUUUCAAUAAUCAAAGAAGAAGAAGAAGAAGAUGACGUAUCGGCGACAAAAGAUGGAGAAACUAGAAGCCCAAGCCUACUAUCGGAAGCCAAUCAAGCAGAUCCGUCCGAUUCCGAUUCACUACAACUCGGAUCCGCUUGAGAUGAGAUCGUCCUCCUCGUUGGCGCAGCAGAGUAUGAUAGAAGAGUACAUGAGAGGUGGGAUUGGAUCGGUGGGAGGAAAGAUCCCUCUGGGUCUGAAACGCAAAGUUCUACGUGUGGUGAUGACCGGUGGGGCCGGUUUGCAUCCAUCCCCUUCAUACGACACGACGUCGUCGAACCCAUACCGAGGUUGUUCACUACAAGUUCAAUCAGAGGCGCCAAUGUUGAGGGGAUCUAAAGAACGUAAUCAGGAAGUCAGAUGAUGUCGUUGAGUUUCGAGACUGACGAAGUGAAGGCCAGGAUUUACCGCGAGCUUCUGAUAUCGUCGAUGAGGAAGACGGGUAAAGAAGAUGAUGAUGCGCUUUUUAGUCGCUAUGAAACCUAUUUAGCCAACUUUUUCACGAAAGAAGAGAUGCAAAAGAAAGAGGAAGAUCUCAUCAAAGUGGAGGAUCGUAUGGGCAAGAGAGAGGCAAAUCACAUCUUCAACAAGUUGGUCUUCUGUGUAAAGGAUCCUGUUAGAUUGAGGGGUUAUGAAGAGAUACUUGAAAAGGUGCGCAGCAGAGAGAGAAGAAACAGCGCAUAAGCCAAGACUCACCGACGCUGAGAUUGAAGAGCUCUGUAAACCAACUAACAAGAAGAAAGAGAAGGCGGAGAAGAAGAAGAGAGAGAAGGCGAAGAAGGAAGAUUGACAGUUGCUUGUGCUGAAGCUGAACAUGCUGAGGCGAAGAAGAAGAAAGAAUUCGAUAGAUUUUUUUUUUAAAAUAAGUUUGUCGUCGAAAAUAAUUUAGUAUUGGCUUUUUUUGUAAUAACUGUUUCCAAAGACAAUUUUGACCAGAAAAAAUAUUCUAAUAAUUUUCAAAAAAUAGGAAUCAUUCUAGUAAUAAUACAAUCAAUUUGUGUCAUUC